CUCCCGGAGGAGCCCGGCCCACCUCUCUCGUACAGGCAACCCCCUCCUUCUCCUCCCUCCUCCUCCUCCUCCCCGCCCCGAAAGAGGAACUCGCCGCCCGGCCGCGGCGGAGGGAGAAGCGGCGGCGGCGGCAGAGGCAGCGCGCCCGGCCCCUCCGCGCAGCAUGGCGCAGCAGCGCCCGCCGCCCGCCGCCGCCGCCUGAGGCGCCCCGCGGCGCCGAGCCGAGCCCGCGCCCAUGGCGGCGCCGCCGCCCGCCCUCAGCUGGGCGCUGCCCCUGCUGGCGGCGCUGGCGGGCGCCGGCGGCCCCCAGAGCUUCGAGCUGCCGGGGGCCCGCAUCGACAACAUCGAGGUGAGCGGCCGCGGCGUGCUGGUGGCGGGCGGCAGCUGCCUCUAUGAGCUGUGGCCCGAGCUGCGGCUCCGACGCCGUGUGGUGCCGGCGACGGCGGAGCAGGGCUGCGGGGAGCCCCCCGGCGUGCGCAGCAACCUGCUGCUGCCCUACGAGGAGGCCGGCGGGGUGGGCGUCGUGCUGGCCGGCUGGACCGAGAAGGCCGGCACCUGCGAGGUGUGGGAGCAGCCGAGCUACCGGCAGCGCCUGAACCGCAGCGAGGUGGUCAGCUGCCUGCCCGACGGUUCCACCGCUGGCGUCAUCUUCCAGCUGGCCGACACCUGGUACCUGGCUGUGGCGGCCACCUACUCGGCUCGCCCCUACAGGAACCGUCUGGACUGUGAGCCCUCCCAGUCGGAUGAAGCGACUGUCAUCACGGUGCGCAGCGUGGUUGACCUGGUGUCCAAGGAGGAGCUGGGCAUCAUCAAGCGCAAGAAGGAGCCUUUGCACUUCGUCGACGCUCUCCAGUGGGGGGAUCACUUCUUCUUUCCCUACUACACGUUAAAGGCCAGGCAGGCCAACAACACGGAGCCACCCAGCAUGGCUGUCCUGCACCAGCUGCGCCCCUCAGAGGGUGGCCUUUCUUUGAAAGGGCACGUGUAUUUGGAGUGUGGUUGCAGGAACCUCAUCGUUUCCUCCAGCCUUGUCAGCCAGGGCAAGUGGGGCUGGUGGGUGGGUGUUUUCCGCCGCAGCCGCGACCCCGAGGCCUUGAACGAAAAGGCCUGGAACGACACUGCCGUCUGCAUCUUUGGGAUGGAGGAGAUGAAGGAGCAAGCCUGUGCAUUCACGCACUUCAGCAUAACCGGGAACAGCUGUGACGCACGAUCAAUCAAGAAAUUACCUACCUUGAUUCACUCUGGAUUAGUGGCUGUUUAUGGCACAGUUGUUUUGAAUCAGAUAGUUUUGUUUUUGGGAACAGAUGAUGGACAGUUACUGAAGGCUAUUCUUAAUGAGAAUAUGGAAUCUAAUUGCCCAGAGGUUUUGUAUGAAAUUAAGGAAGAGACGUCCAUUUUCCACAAACUUCGACUUGAUCCAGUAGAUAACAACUACAUCUAUCUCUCCUCUGACAAUAAGGUGAGAAGAAUACCAGUUGCAAAUUGUGAUAGAUAUGUUUCCGAGCAAGAAUGCUUAUCUGCAAAGGAUCCCCACUGUGGGUGGUGUUCUUUCUAUCAAAGGUGCACAUUAAAAGCAAAUUGUUCAAACAGCACAAAGGAUUGGUAUAACAUUUCACAUGCACCUGAUAAAGAUCUGAAAAUCCUGUUAAGUUUCCCUGAAAAAAAUCAGGUUGCUGUGGCUGCAAGCAUAAGCAAAAUUCUUACUUCCUGUGUGAUAAAAAUUGUAAAACCUGUUGAAAUAUUUUAUGAAAAUGUAGUACUGAAAAACUCAUCCUGUUUCUGCAAUCUAACGACUCUGGUGGUAACUGAUAACGAUUGUCUUGUUCUCGAAGCAUCGCUGUCCUCAAGCUCUUGGAAUAUCACACAAACAUUUCGGUUGAAAAACUGCUCACGGUGUAUACACAAGGGUGAGUGUGCCAGCUGUAAAUGGAUGCGUGUCUCUUCCGCCACCACCUGCCAGGAUAGUUGUAAUGCAGCUGCUUCCAAGGAGAUCGCCACUGCACAGAAAACAGAGCAUAUCAGCAUUCAUUCCAUUGAACCGUUGUGGAUUUCUACAUUAGGCAAAAGUGAAAUAACAGUCAAAGGAGAAAACUUUACACGUGCAUCAGGCAUAAAAAUGAUACUGACUGGAAUCACUGGCUGUAAACCAGAUGUCAUUAAAGUUAGAAAUGUGCUAAACGAUACACAAAUGACAUUUGCUCUCCCACCAACACGUAAAGAGGCCAAAAGAAUAUGUAUACAGGCUAAUGGGAAAAAAUGUUCACCACCAAUGACCCUACAUUAUGUUUCAGUACCAUUUUGUUUUGGAAUCACACCAAAUACCUCCUGGAUCAGUGGUGGUCGCAAAAUUACUACGAUUGGUAGAAAUUUUAAUGUGGUGGACAGUGUGAUUAUUUCAGAUGACCAGAGAUCAAACCUCACCGUCUCUAGGUAUCCUGGAAAUGAAUCUGAAUAUCAUUACUUAACGCCAAUCCUGAGCCAUGCAACAGAGGGUAAAGUUGUGGAUAUGAUGUUAAAAGUGGAAACUACCUUUAUACCAUGUGCCAAAUUACACUAUCAUCCUGACCCAGUGUUCAUUAACUACCAGCUGCACACUGAGCUGGAUCCUGAUCUGGAAUUAAAAAUAUACAAAGAAAAUGACAACUUGAAUAUUUCUAAAACUGAGGUAGAGAUUUAUCUGUCUUAUAUGGAUGGUGCACAGACCAAAAAGAUAUGGUUCAGCAUCCAAAAUAUUACCAAAAAACCAGACCGUAGCACCAUACUGUGCAAAUUCAAAAGGGAAGUAACAGACAAGAUUGACUUCUCCACGGUGAAAGUUUUUGUCAAAUUAGGAAAUUUUGAGCAUGAAGUCAAACCAACAUCAUCACACAUAUAUUUAUAUGUUCUUAUUUUGCUGCCUAUUGUAGUGGGUGUCAUUAUAGUGGCAUUUGUAGUAACUAGAUACAAAUCCAAAGAGUUAACUCGUAAACAGAGUCAGCAACUUGAACUGCUGGAAUAUGAGAUUCGGAAGGAAAUACGCGAGGGAUUUGCUGAACUGCAGAUGGAUGAAUUAGAUGUGGUGGAUAGUUUUGGAACUGUUCCCUUCCUUGACUACAAACACUUUGCUCUUAGAACUUUCUUUCCAGAGUCAGGAGGCUUUGCAUCCAUCUUCAGUGAAGACAUGCCACAGAGCAGAGACCAAACGAGCAAGGAUGAAAGCUUCAACAUGUUGCAUGCUUUAAUUUGUAACAAGAACUUUCUUGUUACUCUCAUUCACACCCUUGAAAAGCAGAAAAAUUUCUCUGUGAAAGACAGGUGCUUGUUGGCAUCCUUCUUGACUAUUGCACUACAAACUAAGCUAGUUUAUCUAACCCAUAUUUUGGAAGUGUUGACAAAGGACUUGAUGGAGCAAUCAAGCAAUGUACAGCCUAAGCUCCUGCUCAGACGAACUGAAUCUGUGGUAGAAAAAUUGCUGACAAACUGGAUGUCUGUCUGCCUUUCUGGAUUUCUGCGGGAGACAAUUGGUGAACCUUUCUAUUUGCUAGUGACAACCCUCAAUCAGAGGAUAAACAAAGGACCUGUUGACGCAAUAACUUGCAAAGCCCUGUACACGCUUAACGAAGACUGGCUGCUGUGGCAAGUGUCUGAAUUCAAAACAGUGACAGUGAACGUUAUCUUUGAAAAAAUCCCAGAAAAUGAAAGUGGAGAUGCCUGUCAGACUAUCCAAGUUAAUGUUCUGGACUGUGACACCAUAGGCCAAGCCAAGGAGAAGAGCCUUCAGGCUUUCCUGAAUAAGAAUGGCUUUCCCUAUGGUCUUCAAUUGGAUGAGAUUGGUCUUGAACUUGUAUCUGAGGAGCAGCAAAGAGAAUUGUUAGAUAUUGAUGGUUCCUCAGAAGUGAUGGAGGAUGGGAUAAGGAAGCUAAAUACCAUCGGUCAUUACGAGAUUUCAAGUGGAGCAACCAUAAAAGUCUUUAAAAAGAAGACAAAUACCCGAUCAGAUGUGGACUACUCGGAUGAACACUGUCAUUUGAUUUUACCAGACUCCGAAGCAAACAAAGAUGUGAAAGGAGCAGGUCACAAAGGAAAACAAAAAUUCAAAGUGAAAGAAAUGUAUCUGACAAAACUUCUGUCAACCAAGGUUGCGAUUCAUUCGGUUGUUGAAAAGCUCUUCAGGAGUAUUUGGAGUUUACCCAACAAUAAAGCACCUGUUGCCAUCAAGUACUUUUUUGACUUUCUGGAUGCCCAGGCUGAGAGCAAAAAAAUUACUGACCCUGAUGUGGUGCAUAUAUGGAAAACCAACAGUCUUCCUCUUCGCUUCUGGGUGAACAUACUGAAGAAUCCCCAGUUUGUCUUUGAUAUUAAGAAGACUUCGCAUAUAGAUGGCUGUUUGUCUGUAAUCGCACAAGCUUUCAUGGAUGCCUUUUCUCUAGCAGAACAGACACUGGGGAAGGAAGCACCAACAAAUAAACUUCUCUACGCUAAGGACAUUCCACUCUACAAGAAGGAGGUGAAAGCGUACUACAAAGCCAUCAGGGAUCUGCCUCCAUUGACCACUUCAGAGGUUGAAGAAUUUCUAACUCAGGAAUCUAAGAAACAUGAAAAUGAAUUUAAUGAGAAAGUGGCCUUGAUUGAAAUCCACAGAUACAUAGUGAAAUAUUAUGACGAGAUUGUCAGCAAACUUGAGCGAGAACGGGGGUUUGAAGAAGUCCAGAAACAGCUCCAGCAAGUAAAAGCCUUAUUUGAUGAAAAGAAAAAAUGCAAAUGGCUUUGAGCAGAGCACUGACUCACAGCGGCACUGUGGGGGAUUUUAAAUAAGCGCUACUGCUCCCAAAACUGUUUUGACUGUCUAUAUGUACAGGGUUUGAAACAUUUGGACACUCUUCUCCACUCUGACCAUUCCAAGUAAUAUCUACGUUUGGGAAUGAAGUACGGGCAGGGUUACGUAUUCACACGUGGGCACGGGAAAGCGAAAGUGAGUCUAGUGUUGGCAGGGCCAGCAUUUUUAGGUACGUGAACACACAUACGUUUUGGUUCAAAAAUAUUGCCUAAAAGUAAGCUUUCUGCUUACUUAAAAACAAGCUCGUAGGAGAUGCGCAAAACACACUGCAAGUUCAGGGUUGCCCGUGUGAACUUGUAAGUUCCUACUUGUAAGUAGCUCUUUUUUUGAAGAGAGAAAGCUGAUGUUGCGCCACAUCCUUUCAGCAGCCUUUGCAAACUGUCUGGAUGAGCUCCAGCUUCAGAAUACGGGGCAGCUGCGGUUUCCUUCCUUCCAGACAAAUGUACACUGGUUCCUCUUUGGGGAAAAAAAAAAAAAAAAAAAAAAAAAAAACAAAAACCAGCACCAAAGUGACACUUAGGACAAGUGUGUUCAGCAGAAAAGGCCGGUCUGAGGUUUGAAGGCCAAGUGCCACAUGGCGGGACUUCUAUUCCUUAGGAUAGAAAUUCCACGUGCAAAGUGAAGCCGACCACUGAGCCGUGGGGGGCGGGGGGGGGGAGGCUUUUGGAGAAAGGCACUAGACCGCCAUCAGUCUGUGUUUACAUUUCUACCUUUCCAUCCUUAAAUAAGCUGUGAAACACUUGUGAGCUGCUUCACAGGUGAAGCCUGCGGUGCAGCUGCGCCGCACGGGAACAGCGUUGUGAUUUGCUGAAGCGGCUGACGAGGGCUCCCGUUGGUGCACAGACCUGUGCUCAGGGGCACGAAGGGCCCGUGCGUCAGUGCUGGCAGUCCCGGCCACCCCCUCUACAAGGGCCUCGUGAACCUAAAGCCAGCACAUUAUUUUUUUUUUCCCAGGUUGUCCACACAAAGACUUUGUCAAAAGAGGGUAAGAAUAGGAGGGCUGGUGUAAUCUCUGACCCCGUACGAGAAAGUGAUACAAAGGUGGUAGCUGGGGUUGGGGUUGGGGAGGGGGUAACUGUCUGCCUUGGUCUUGAUCGGGUGUUUUUUGAGGCUUGGCUGGUUUCAAAGGAGGGUGUCCAGUACAUUUGCAUUGGUGGCUAAAGUUAGCCCGGCUGGAAAGCAAGUGUGUGGCCACGCUGCUGAGAAGAGGCUGGUGCAAUGGCUACCAUGCAAAGCCACGGAGGAGCAGCCGUGGCUCUGGCUCGGCUACCGCACCGGCACAGUCCUACCCUCCACUACAGACUUGGAAUCUUUUCUUGCCCUGGGCUCGGCAUCAGUCACACAGAGGCGCUUCCUGAGGCUCCCUUAGACUUGAGGUAAGGUGUUGAUGAGAUGGUGAUACUUAUCCUACCGCCGGAGGCGCAUGGCGUAGCGCAGUGUCCCGCGGGCGAGGGAAGAGCUGUCCCCUGCCUUGGCAGCGGCGAGGGUGCCACAGGCCGUGAAUGGCACAGGUGGCCCAAGUUCAGUAUAGAAAGCCCAUGCUGGGGCUGUGACCAGCCAGGCACCUACGCAGGGCUCCCAGGCAGCCGAGCGCUCAAAGCAUUUAUGAGUGUGCCCUGCUGUGCUGGGGGAGCCCCGAGGCCGCAGUGCGGCAGUACUAAAGCGGGCUGGUUUGGCUGCAGUGGCUACCAGAAGCUGGUACUGGGCACAAUCCCACAGCACGUGGCCAGCCAGCGCCAGUAGACGUUAACCACGCUUUGGCCGCCUGUUCACGUGGGGGCAAAGCAAACAGAAAAAACACGUUGCCGCCUGGUCUGCCCCCUCCCUGCCAUGGGAUUGCACAAGUUGUCCCUCUGGCAUAUGGGCGAGGGCAGCCACCAACCCAUACUGUGAUGGCUUUUUUUUUUGUUGUUUUUGUUUGUUUUUUUUUAAGUCAAGUCUUACACUUGCUAUUAAGUUUACACUUUAUACUUGAUGGAAUGUAUGGCUUUGUUCAGGAAACUGCACUACAGUGUUGCAGUACUUUCAGCAGUUCUCUUCUCUGCCUGGCACGAUAUAUUGUGGUAAGUUUAAUUUUAAUUGGGGGAAAAAAAAACCCACCCCACCCCAACCCUAACCUAUCUUGCCCUCUGUCCUAAAGGAGUGGACCUUGGCUUGAGUAGCACUUAAGCUUAGAAUACCUGUACUUAAGGGCUUGAUUUUUAUCAUUCUUAACCUAACCUUUUAAAGCAGCAUCAAAUAAAUAAAUAAUUUUAAAAAAAAGCACAGUAAUUAAUAUUGAAGGAGGGGCAUGAGCAGAUUACUCUUUCCAGUUUAGCCAGACAUCUCAGCAGUUCCAUUCCCGUUCAGGUGUUUGCUGGCAGUGCGUUUGAAUGAACUGUGAUAGUUUUGUUCAACAGUAACCUUCUGUACAGGCAGAAAAAAAAGGAAAAAAAAAAAAAAAUCCCAACAUUUCCGCUUGGAAAAAGCUGUAAAAUAUAAUCUGUUUGCGUGGGUCUGAUCCUGUGAACUUCACUAUAUGUGUUUAUAUGAUGAGGAAACGAAAAACCAGUCCUAUUCUGUAUUUGUUCUACUGCUUGUUUGCUGCAAUAGCUUUAAUGAUUUCUAGAGAUUAAGUAUGUGUUGAAGCAGGCCCCGGAGCUUUAGCCUACGGCCUGGAAUAGGAUUUUAUUCAAGCCUCCUAAACAGCGUCACUCUGUUAGUAAACCAUUUUUAAAGUCAUGCUGGGACGUUGUAACCCAUCAAGUGGAUCUCACGAAGUGAUGUGAAGUAUAAUGAAGUGAUUGUGGCUCUUUUGGUAGGUUCGGGUCAGCACACAAAACAUUGGCACAUCUUCCGUAUCUGCGAUUCCCUGUUACCGGUACCUGGACACAAAAAACAAAACAAAACUAAAAAACCAACAACAACCCACCUCUGAUUAAAGCUGUAUUACAGCAACCGAACAAUUCUAACAGUGUUCUCUGAAAUGAAAGCAAACUUCUCUUUUAACUUAUUUCCACAUGUUUACAGGCAAACAGCGUAUUUUCUAACACUAGCUUACAGAGCAUUAUUUUGCAGUCAUCUAGUUGAAAGUCAAAUCUUACUAAUGUGUAAAGUAAUUCCUGUUGUACAGAAGUUAAUCUGUUGUUUAAAAUGAAUGGUUUUAAAAAAAAAAAAAGUGCAGAUGACAAAUACAUGUUGGUGUUUGUAUGGGUUUAUCUAGAAUAAAAUGCAUUUGGAGGUUA